AUUUUACUGUGUGGGAGUUAAAGCGAUACUUGUGUAACAUUGAUUCCAAUAUUCUUCAUCGAUGUGGAGGGAGUUUGGAUAAGUAUUUGGAGAAUGGUACUGGAAAAUAUUACAUUAUAAAAGCGUACGCGUAUCGCUGAACAGUGUAUUAAAUUUUUUAUAAGUUCGUCUCAAAAGAACUAUUAUUUCUCUAAUUUAAUAUUUUACGUUAGUUACAUUUUACUCCCUAAUAUAUUUUUUUUUUGGUAAAUCAUUAUUUAUCAACAAAAAUGGAGAGAAGAUUUAUGAAUGUUAUUUUACUUGGUUUCGGUUUCAUGUUUGUGUUUACCGCAUUCCAAACUAUGGGAAAUAUUGAGAAAACAAUUCUGGACAGUAUCACCCAGGACGACAGCACCUUCACUGGCGAUGGGUACACGUCACUGGCCAUCAUAUACGCCACGCUGGCCGUGUGCAAUUGGAUGGCGCCCUCCGUGAUCACCAUCACUGGACCCAGGGGGGCUAUGCUGAUCGGUGCUUUAACUUAUUUAUUCUUUAUAGUGACAUUCCUGUUCCCAAAAACGUGGCUGCUCUACGUGGCCAGUGUGUUGAUAGGCGCCGGAGCAGCGGCAAUAUGGACCGGCCAAGGAAACUACCUCACAUUGAACAGUGAUGCCGACACGAUCUCCAGAAAUUCUGGAAUAUUCUGGGCUAUGUUGCAAUGCAGUCUCUUCUUCGGCAACCUGUUCGUGUUCAUAAAGUUCCAAGGCAAGACGCACAUAGACGUGGAGACGCGGAACGUGGUGUUCGGCGUGCUGACCGCGGUGUGCGCUGUGGGGAUCGUCUUCUUGUUGCUGUUGCGGCCGAUCCGACGGGCGCCGGCCUUAGACGAUGGAAAGUGCGAAAUAGUGAGCGAAUCGGAAGGUCCUUUGGACGCUUUCAAGGGAGCCAUCAGGUUGUUUUGCACGAGGGACAUGAUGUUCCUGAGCGCCGCUUUCAUUUAUACCGGUGUGGAGUUAUCUUUCUUCAGCGGUGUGUACAGUCCUAGUAUUGGGUUCACACUGGCUAUGGGCGAUAAUGUCAAACAAUUGGUUGGUUUGUCUGGUGUGUUCAUUGGAAUGGGAGAAGUUCUUGGUGGAGCUCUAUUCGGUAUUCUGGGCAACAAAACGACCCGCUGGGGCCGCGACCCGAUCGUGAUCAUGGGCUACUUCAUCCACAUGACCAGUUUCUUCCUCAUCUUCAUCAAUUUACCCAACGUUGCACCCUUCGGAGACACCAUGGACACCUCAUACAUCAACCCAUCUCCAUAUUUGGCCAUGUUCUGCAGCUUCCUCCUAGGGUUCGGAGACGCGUGCUACAAUACCCAAAUAUACUCCAUUUUGGGAGGGAAGUACUCCGACAACAGUACAUCAGCGUUCGCUCUGUUCAAGUUCACUCAGUCCCUCGCAGCGGCAGCGUGUUUCUUCUACUCAUCCAAAGCGCUCCUCUCGGUUCAACUGGGAGUUCUCGCUGUGUUAGCUUCCGUAGGAACAGCCGCCUUCUGCAGAGUCGAGUGGGCUGAUCGAGCCAGGAAUAGGCUCACCGUCGAAACCCUAGAUGAUAAGCUAUCACCAGCCACUCAUGCCCUAGCCGAAAAUGCCCUGCACUAUGACUGAAUUGACCAAGAUAUUAAGGGCAAUAAUAUGGAAGUUAAUAUGAAACUUAACACGCGUGCGUGAGGACAUAAAGUAUUGGUGUCAAAUUGUAAUGUAUUGAAGAUAUUUUCCAGACUGGCAGUUUAACAUUUAAAGAUGGCGUUAAUUUCUAUAGAGAUAAAUGAUUCAGUUGUAGGGUCGCAUUUGAUCAUUCAGAAUAUUUUUAAUCUAAAAAAUGAAAAUUUUGUGUUACAUAAUUGAAAACUAUGAAAGACUGUUUUAUAAAUGUUUGUCGUGCCUGAUCGUCGAAAUAUAUUUAAGAAUAAGUGCGGAUUUGGCUUAAGUAGAAAAACGCAUUUUUAAGAAAUACUCGAUUUAAGUAUUUUUGUUCGAAUCAAUUCGUAUGUCAAAAGUACCAUAACAAAUUACGACUCAAUAUCAAUGUUUCGAAUUCAAAUAAUUUUGAAGUUUUUGUACCACAAAUCAAUAUAAGAAAUUUAUGCUAUUUUGCUAUUUAGGUAAUUGCUUUUAUAGCUCUAGUGUAAAUAAAUAAUAAAUAGAGUUUAACGACAUGGCAGCAUCUGUCCAUAUGAAUGUGAUAUGUAAAGAAUAAGUAUGGUUAAGUUUUAUCAGCGGGUUACUAUGAUAUGUUAUUGCAUUUAAUAAGACUUGUGGCACAAGGAUGGGUAUAUCUUACAAUAGCCCCAUCUCUGUCUUCCUUUUAUAAAUUUGUGCA